AUGAAUAUCUUUCCACUGCAAUAUCAAAGUCUGAAAGCAGUUCUCCUAUAUAUGGAUCCAAAUGUCAGAUUUAAAAUUUCUCACCGCUUCCCCUCCAUUAGCUCAACAGAAAAAGUUGUGCCUCUGCGAAUCGAAGAAUUAGAUCUGGGAGAUUUAACCACGACAGUAAACCAAACUACAUACAAAUUAGGGAUCUAUCGAAAAUACAAAAAAGGAGAAAAAAUCACUUUUAGAACUCAGAGGUACAAUGAGUUCGGAGGAUUUCCUCGCGAUUUCGAUCGAUUUGGAUUCGAAAUAUUCCCUGGGCACAAUGUGUUGAAUCCUGGAGACGUUUCACUGCCAUGCCCAUAUAAUCUCGUGAGUCAAGAGGAACGGGACACAGUACAAAUUGAACGGAUGCAUCGAACUCGUUUAAAGUUUUAUCAAGAUGUUCUAGAAACUCGUUUGGGAUCAGAAGAUGUAGAGAUUUCUGACGGAGAGGGUGAAGACACAAUCUUGGAGCAUUAUUAUAUGAGCCUGCCUAUUAAUGAACUGGAGAGACAUAUCGGAGAGAUACAAGAGGAUCUUCAGCCGUUUGAAUGCCGUCGGUUCAACCUGAAACCACCAUUUGUAUGUUACAUUAUGUUUACAAUAACUUCAAAGAGUCACAAAAAAUCCUACCGGAUACCAUACAAUAUGAAGUUACAUGAAGCCAUGAAGGCCUUGAACAGCUUCUUAUUUGGAGGAAGACGUCAAUCAAUUCAAGUCCAAAAGUUACAGUUUGCUAUCAAUGAAACUAUUCUGAGACUGCCAAUUGGUUUCAAAAUUAAAUUAGAACAACUCAAAAGAUUAAAUAAUUUGUCAAUGCGACACGAUGCUAUACUUUCAAUGCUUGAUAAGAAAUCCUUCCCGUUGAAGAGUGUCAGCUUCUUUGCUGACGACGAACCAGAUUUUCAAUUUUCGGAUAUGGGGAAAACAAAGAGUUUUACAGCGAUAGAUGUUAACCCAGAGAUUGACUUAUUUUCUAUUCUGAAGACACUUCCCAACCAACGUGUCAACUUGAGUGUUUACGAUUUAGAUUUUGAAAUCGGGGAGUAUCUUGGUCUAGUUCAGAAUUGGAUAGAAAAUGAACGACCGAUAGGAACCUGCUAUUCGUUCGGAAUAGUAGAAGAGGACACCGCACGUCAAAUAUUGAAACUAGUCAAGACACAUGUGGAGGGAGCAAAAAGAAGCAAAAGAUGUGUCUCAAUUCCUAUCAGAAAUUCUGCAAGAUUGGAGCUGUAUUACAUUCCAAUGGAAUCUCUGAAUGACUCGGAACAAGAGGAAUUUAUGUGGUUUUAUGAUUGGGUUCUGAAGAUGAGAAUUGUUCGUUUUUAA